CUCCCCCAGUCCCGAGAGCGCCUCACCGCUCGCUGGCCCAGGGAAACAGCCCUGACUGCGGCCCGAUGUGCAGCACCCUGGCCCUGGCUUGGGGACCAAGCAGGAGAACAACAAGGACAGAGAGCAACUGGGAGAGAGCUGCGCAGGACCUGGACAUCACUGUGUGGCUGGCCAAGGUGCAUCUGGAGCAGUACGCAGACACGUUUCGGCAGCAUGGCCUGGCUACAGCAGGUGCAGCACAAGGCCUGGGCCACGAGGAGCUGAGGCAGAUGGGCAUCAGCGCCACAGGGCACCGGAAACGCAUUCUUCGCCUGCUGCAGGCGAGCACUGCGGAGGACUCCCUGGAUCCCAAAUUGGAUAGAGCCAUGGAGCCAUCCCACAGCCCAGACCCCCAAUCCCAGCCCUCCAAGCCCAUACCCAAGCCCAGGACAGUGUUUAGUGGGCUCAGUGGCCCUACUGCCCCCCAGAGGCCCGGGCUGAGCCCAACCUUCUGGACACCAGAAGUGUCCAGAAGCUCAGAGUCCAGCUCGAGGUCGCCUCCUCUUCCUACAUCCUCUGCUGAGCAGCUAUCAACCUUAAAAACCAUAGAGAUGAUGCCCAAUGCCAUCUACUUUGGCCUGGACUUAAGAGGCGGGCCACAGGCUGCUCAGGACAAGGGCUCAGAAAGCUCCCAGACAGCUGCUCCCACCCAUGCCCCUACCCCUACCCUCAGGCCCACAACAGGAACAGUGCACAUCAUGGAUCCUGGUUGUCUGUACUAUGGUGUCCAGCCUGUGGGGGUCUCAGGCACCCCUGACAGAAGAGAAGGCAGAGGUGCCUGUCAGGACAGGGCUGAACACAGGCUCAGCAGGCAGUAUCUGGAGGCACGAGAAGAUGCUGGCUAUGCCAGCCUUGAGCUACCUGGGGACUCCAUCCUCUCACUACCUACCCUGGACACAGAGGAGGCCAGUGAUGACCUCAUCUCACCCUAUGCCAGCUUCUCCUCCACAGCAGACCACCCCAUGCCCCUGCUCAGUGGCUGGCUAGACAAACUCUCACCUCAGGGAAACUACGUCUUCCAGAGGCGCUUUGUGCAGUUCAACGGGAGGAGUCUGAUGUACUUUGGCAGUGAUAAGGACCCCUUCCCCAAGGGCGUGAUCCCCCUGACUGCCAUUGAGAUGACCCGCAGCAGCAAGGACAACAAAUUCCAGGUCAUCACAGUUCAGAGGGUGUUCGUGUUCCGCACCGAGAGCGAGGCUCAGCGGGAUGUGUGGUGCUCUACGCUGCAAUCCUGCCUGAAGGAGCAGCGCCUCCUGGGCCACCCCCGAGCGCCCCAUCCACCCAGACCCCUCCGUACAGGCAUGCUAGAGCUCCGUGGACACAAGGCCAAGGUGUUUGCUGCCUUGAGCCCUGGAGAGCUGGCCCUGUACAAGAGUGAGCAGGCCUUCUCUCUGGGCAUCGGGAUCUGUUUCAUCGAACUGCAAGGCUGCAGUGUCCGUGAGACUAAGAGCCGAAGUUUCGACCUGCUCACACCCCAUCGCUGCUUCAGGUGGGGCCCGGACUGGUGGGAGGCAAGCGGGGAGGCACAGGGGUGCAGAGGACCGGAGGCCACCUCAGCAGAUUGUCAGUGGACAUGCACUGAUGGGAGUCCAACGGGCAAGGUCAAGAUGUCAGGAGGGUCUGGGCUGGCCCAGAUGUGGCCUUUGGCAGCUCCUGCAGAAAUGGUCACUGGGAUGGGACAGAGGGGAGGUCCAUGCCCACGGACUGGCUGUCCACCCCUCAGCUUCACAGCAGAGUCUGGGGGGUCUCGGCAGAGCUGGGCGGCCGCUCUGCAGGAAGCAGUAACCGAGACCCUGUCUGACUACGAGGUGGCUGAGAAGAUCUGGUCAAAUCGGGCAAACCGGCACUGUGCAGACUGUGGGGCGUCCCGCCCAGACUGGGCGGCCAUCAACCUGGGGGUGGUCAUCUGCAAGCAGUGUGCAGGUCAGCACCGGGCCCUGGGUUCCGGGAUCUCCAAAGUGCAGAGCCUGAAGCUGGACACGAGUGUCUGGACUAAUGAGAUGGUGCAGUUGUUCAUUGUCCUGGGAAAUGAUCGUGCCAACCGCUUCUGGGCAGCAGCAUUACCUCCAGGUGAGGGGCUGAAUCCAGAUUCGACCCCUGGCUCCCGGGGAGAAUUCAUCUCCCGAAAGUACCGGCUGGGUCUCUUCCGGAAGCCCCACUCCCAGUAUCCAGAUCAUAGCCAGCUUCUCCAGGCACUGUGUGCAGCUGUGGCAGGACCCAACCUGCUGAAGAACAUGACCCAGCUCCUCUAUGUUGAGGCCUAUGAGGGCGAGGAGCCCUGGUCCCCCUCAGCCCUCGAUGGUAGAUUGCCUGGCCUUCUACCCCCAGAUCCAUCCCCUGGUGUAUACAAUGAGGUGGUGGUGCCUGCCACUUACAGCAGCUUCCUGUACUGUGGUCCUGUCAGCAACAAGGCUGGACCCCCACCCCCUCGGAAGGGCCGGGAUGCGCCUCCCCGUCUGUGGUGCGUUUUGGGAGCAGCUCUGGAAAUGUUUGCAUCAGAAAGCAGCCCUGAACCCCUCAGCCUCCUGCAGCCCCAGGACAUUGUAUGCCUGGGUGUGAACCCCCCGCCCAUCGACCCGGGUGACCUAGACAGGUUCCCCUUUUCCUUUGAGCUUAUCCUCACUGGAGGGAGGGUCCAACACUUUUGCACAGAUGGAGCUGACAGACUGGAGGCCUGGACCAGCGCUGUGGGCAAGUGGUUUUCCCCGCUGAGCUGUCACCAGCUGCUGGGGCCCGGGCUGCAGCGGCUGGGCCGCCUGUGGCUGCGCUCGCCCUCCCACACGAGCCUGGCCCCGGGUGACUGGCUGUCAGCGUUCGGCCUGCUUCGUGGUGACCACCUGUUCCUGUGUCCAGCACCAGGCCCUGGCCCACCAGCCUCUGAGGACAUGGUGCAUUUACGGCGGCUGCAGGAGAUCAGUGUGGUCUCUGCAGCUGGCACUCCAGACAAAAAAGAGCAUUUGGUCCUCGUGGAGACAGGAAGGACCCUGUAUCUGCAGGGGGAGGGCCGGCUGGACUUCGCGGCAUGGAAUGCAGCCAUUGAGGGGGCAGCUGGUGGAGGAGGCACAGGGCUGCAGGAGCAACAGAUGAGCCGAGGUGACAUCCCCAUCAUCGUGGAUGCCUGCAUCAGUUUUGUCACCCAGCAUGGACUCCGGCUGGAAGGCGUGUAUCGAAAGGGGGGCGCCCGGGCCCGCAGCCUAAGACUCCUGGCUGAGUUCCGGCGGGAUGCGCGGUCAGUGAAGCUUCGUCCAGGCGAGCACUUUGUGGAGGAUGUCACUGACACACUGAAACGCUUCUUCCGAGAGCUGGAUGACCCUGUGACCUCUGCUCGGUUCCUGCCUCGCUGGAGGGAGGCUGCUGAGCUACCUCAGAAGAGUCAACGCCUUGAGAAAUACAAAGAAGUCAUUGGCUGCCUGCCACGGGUCAACCGCCGCACACUGGCCACCCUCAUUGGGCAUCUCUAUCGGGUACAGAAAUGUGCAGCUCUAAACCAGAUGUGCACUCGGAACCUGGCCCUGCUGUUUGCACCCAGUGUGUUUCAGACAGAUGGGCGCGGGGUGCACGAAGUUCGGGUGUUGCAGGAGCUCAUUGACUGCUACGUCUCUGUCUUUGAUAUUGAUUCUGACCAGGUAGCUCAGAUUGACUUGGAGGUCAAUCUUAUCACCACCUGGAAGGAUGUACAGCUGUCCCAGGCUGGAGACCUCAUCAUGGAGGUUUAUAUAGAGCAGCAGCUCCCAGACACUUGUGUCACCCUGAAGGUGUCCCCAACACUGACUUCCGAGGAGUUGACAAACCAAGUACUGGAAAUGCGAGGGACAGCAGCGGGGACAGAUCUGUGGGUGAUGUUUGAGGUUCUUGAGCAUGGGGAGCUUGAGAGGCCACUGCACCCCAAGGAAAAGGUCCUCGAGCAGGCCUUGCAGUGGUGCCAGCUCCCAGAGCCCUGCUCAGCCUCCCUGCUCCUGAGGAAAGUGUCCCUGGCCCAGGCUGGCUGCCUUUUCACAGGUGUCCGGCGUGAGAGCCCACGGGUGGGGCUGCUGCGGUGUCGUGAGGAGCCACCUCGCUUGUUAGGAAGCCGCUUCCAGGAGAGGUUUUUUCUGCUGCGUGACUGCUGUCUGCUGCUGCUCAAAGAGAAGAGGAGCUCUAAACCAGAACGGGAAUGGCCUCUGGAGAGUGCCAAAGUCUACCUAGGAAUCCGCAAGAAGUUAAAGCCCCCAACACCGUGGGGCUUCACGUUGUUCCUGGAGAAGAUGCACCUCUACUUGGCCUGCACUGAUGAGAAUGAGAUGUGGGAUUGGACUACUAGCAUCCUUAAAGCUCAGCAUGAUGACCAGCAGCCAGUGGUCUUACGACGACAUUCCUCCUCUGACCUCGCUCGUCAGAAGUUUGGCACUAUGCCUUUGCUGCCCAUCCGUGGGGAUGACAGUGGAGCCACCCUCCUCUCUGCCAACCAGACCCUGCGCCGACUACACAACCGGAGGACCCUGUCCAUGUUCUUUCCGAUGAAGUCAUCGCAGGGGUCUGUGGAAGAGCAAGAAGAGCUGGAGGAACCUGUGUAUGAGGAGCCAGUGUAUGAGGAAGUGGGGGACUUCCUGGAGCUCACCAAGGAAAUCUCCACGUCCUUCUCCACCACACGGGAGUGGACAGCCAAGCCAGAGAGUCCCCUCCCCAGCCAGAAGUCCUUUGACCAACCCCUUCUCUCCAAGACAAGUACCCUGGGCUUGGAGGACAGGCCACCAGAGCCCCCUCCAGGCCCCCCUUCAAAAAGCAGUCCCCAGGCGGGCUCUCUGGAGGAGCAGCUGCUCCAGGAACUCAGCAGCCUCAUCCUGAGGAAAGGAGAGACCACCGCAUGUCCAGGAGACGCUUCCCAGUCAUCUAGCCCCAAUGGUCUUGCAACACAGACACCUGGCUUCUCCUCCCAACCCCCCUGCACUACUAGUUUGCCUCCCAGCCAGCCUCUCACAUGACCCUGGGACCAGCAGCUGAGGGGUAGGUACCCAAAGGAGGACCCUGGCUCUCACCACGGCAGACUCCCCUGGGAUCUUCCUCUGCUCUGGCUGGAAAGACUCUAGACUCCAGUGUGGUGCUGUGGAAGAAGCACUGGUCUGCAGGCCCUGGAAGCUGUGGCUCUGAGGUCAUAUUUCCUCUCUGGUAGGCCUCAGCCCAUUUAUCUGUACCGUGAAGUCACUGAAAUAAGGAGUAAACACCAAACUGUGUUUCUUGGCUGUAAACUCCACAUAUUUUCUCUCAACAAAGGCAGUCCGUGCUUUAUAUAUUUGAUAUGUAAGGGUUUUGUGAAGUUUGGGAUAAAAGGAUGUUUUUUCUUGCAUUAAAGAAAAACUAGAUUUGGAAGCCAGAGCCCUGGAUGAUGUCCAUGUCUAUCCUAUCCCACUUCCUACUUUCUGGGGCUACACGGAAGCCCUGGAAUGGGGAAAUUGAUUGGGCUUGGAAGCUGGGGUAGUAAGGGGAGCCAAAAGAGGGGGGUGGUCACUAUUAAUAAACCUUGCAACCAAAAGGCUACCAUUCUUUCAUUCAUUCAUUCAUUCAUUCAUUCAAUAAAUAUGUUUUGGU